GUAGGGUGGAUGUGGUGAUUCUCUCUCCACCCGCACCUGUACACCGCACCUGUACACCGCAGCUCUACACCAGAAUUGGUCCUGGAAAAUCUGUCUUCUCCUUCGUGCUGUACGCGGGAGAUACAGUCACCGGCUGGCUGGGCGGGGGUGCCAUUGGCCGAUCACAUCAGCAGCAGUACUUGCGGAGAGCGCGACUGCUGUUGUAUCAAUCAUGUCAACGGACGACGACGGCGCGGCCCAACGAGCUGAUAAGUACGAGCAAUGGGUUAGAUCUGUUCUCGGCCCAAAGCUCGAGGACUUUCGAGAAAGGGCAGCCAAGGUCGAACACGAGGUGGGCCAGUACGCCGAGCUAAAGGAGAAGCUGUCGGGCAUCAUGGUGAGGGAGGAAGAUGGACCGCUGGAGAUGCUCACCGACCUAGGCGCCGAUUGUUUCGCCAAGGUUAAGGUGCAAGACCCGUCCAAAGUUUUCGUGAAGGUGGCUCUCGGAUUCCACGUGGAGUUCACACUCCCGGAAGCGAUUUCAUUCGCGGAUGUGAAACGGUCAAGCCUGGCGAGUGCCGCCGCGAAGCUCAGAGACAGCGAAGCGGAAGUAGCCCGGGAUAUCGCAUCGGCCGAGUCCAUGAUCCGAGAUUUGAGGGCUCUGGAUGAAGCGGUUUCAUGACACUCGGUUCAACCUCUUCGGGGACUUGGAUUGAUAUGUGUUCACUCGUCAUGCCUUGCAUUUUGUGGGCUAGGCUUUUAUGACCUUUCAUGGCGGGGAAUGUUGUAUGUGGAUUUUGUAUAGAGGCGCUUCAUUUUCAACGCGUAUUGCCGGAAUAUAGGUGUGCUUGGAAACAGGCACAUCAGGCCACUGGUCGGUGUAGUUAUGUACCGCAGAGUAAAUUCCCCGAUUAAUUAGUACUAGGUGCGUGAUUUUCCGUCCUGUUUGGCCGAAACGCUGGUAAAAUGACGCACUGAACAUCAACAGACGUACAUAUCCUGCCCGUUUCCUACAGAGCUGAAACUGCCGCGGAAGCUUUUGAGACGCGUCUCGUUUCGGGAGAGAGGAUGAAUAUAUGGUCGAGACCACCGCUGUAUGCAUAGGGUCAUGCAGGACAGGCAUCUGGAAGCAAUCUCCAUAGGACAGCAGGAGUUAAGUGUGAUAGUUCUUGGUGGUGCCUUCGUUGUUCGGAUAGUAUUAGUCAAGUCAGUCCGUCAACCCAGCGGGUCGACCCCCUCCCGCCCGCGUGAUGGCCUCCACUUGCUGAGACGAGGCAGCCUCCAGACAACGGAAAACCAUGCCUGGCAAGACUAGAUAUUUCGAAGGCCACGUUACUUAAAGCGGCGACGGUUGGUGGGGGCUACUUAGGUUUCCCACUACGGGGGGGNGGGGGGGGGGGGGGGGGGGGGGGGGGGGGGGGGGGGGGGGGGGGGGGGGGGGGGGGAGCGCAGCAGCACUUUUAAUUGUACACAAACACAUCGAUAACAUGCGUAUACUUUCUGGGUAGUUUUGGCCUGUAACCACGGAAGCGUCAGUUGGACCGGUACGGAUGUUUCACGGUACUGAGCAGAGAACGGAACGGUUUUCAUGUGAAGACAAGGAACUCUUCGAUCGGUGUCGGUUUCGGAGAAAGGAUUAUAGACUAUGCUGGGUGGGACCAAGGGACAGCUCACAUGCUGCUGUGCUACGCUUCUUCGAUGUCAUGUUCGAUAGUCGGCCCUCAAUGGCCUCUGGCUGUAGACCAUCCGCUAAGUUUUGCACCACGAAAUGUUGACCACGGAUAGUCUACAUAGUCGUAGCAGCAGCAGUGGAUACACAGUAGCAGUGGAGUUGCAGGAGACAAUUUCGCGGGUGACGGCAGAAAAUGGAAAUCAACAGCUACUGAUGGUUACCUGGGGCUGGCUCUGCAGGUCCUCUACGUGUGGACUAUACAUUUUAUGUACUCUACAAGAAGAGAUGUGG